UUCCGUGCGCCACUCUACAGGCAAGGACGUCAACAUGCGAGUGGGCGUGCACACGGGAGCCUGCCUGGGCGGGGUUCUAGGCCAGAGACAAUGGCAGUUUGAUGUCCUCGGCAAGGAAGUGACGCUAGCAAACAAGAUGGAGAGCGGGGGACUUCCGGC